CAUCUACGCGCCCUCGCCGCUGAGUCGCACGGCGCGCCUCUCCAUCCCUCCUGGCUCCCCAUUCUGGAUGCGCCCGGCUCGGGGGCGGCGCGGGGCUAGCCGCUCCCGUGGGGGGAGGCAAGGAGGGACGAGCAGCGGCGGCAGCGGCAAAUCCUAGGCUGCCGCGCGGGCGCGCUCGCUUUGGAGAGGACCGGUAGGAAAGGUGGGACCGGACGCGCGUUUGGCGCAUCCAAAAGGAGAGAAUUCGGUGGGGGCGGGGGUUGGGGCAUAUGAACCCAAACCGGUGUGGAGCGGGGGUAGCGGCUCCAGUAGGAGGAGGGCCGAGGCGGGAUGAGCACCCGCGGCGGUUCCUAGGGUGCCGCUUGGGCGCGCUCGCUUUGGAGAGGACCAGCCGCUGGCAAGGUGGGAGCGGACGCGCGUCUGGCGCAGUCAGGCGCCGCAGGAUCCGAAGGGAGAGAAUUCGGAGUUGCUGGGUGGGUGCGGGGCGGCGGCGGAGCAUGUUGACCCAAACCGGCGCCCCCUCGGUCUUCCCCAGCUCUUUCCCACGGGGUCUUUUGCGCCGCAGGAUGCCAGGAACUCUCUGCCCCACAAGUCCUGGGUGGAACCCCGAGCUGUGGGAGCAGUUCCUCGAGGGGGCAAGAAAGAAAGGCACCCCAAGCUCGCCGCCAUUCACACGCGCGCUGCACCCUUUCGCCUGCCCGGAGUCUGUGCGCGCGUCAGGGCGUUCCGACGGAUGCGGCCGCAUCCUGCGCAAGGAACCAAGCGACCCGAGGCGGGGAGCCGCUUGGGACGCGGCGCAGAAUCCCCUCUUCUUGGGAGACUCGGCCCUGUGUAGAUCACACGUGACGACGGGACACGUGGCUCUUUUGCAGGCCGGCUCAAGGCGGAGGGCAGGGUGGGGGUGGCUGAAUCCGCGUGUGCUGAAUUAUUUUUAUUCAUAAACUUAAUAAUGCAAACCCAUUGGGCAAUAACAAAAGUUCCUUUAGAAACACCAUUUACAAAGACUCUUAGUUUACUCUCUAGAAAUGUGCUGUAACAUGAAAGAAUAAUAGAUGAUCUAUGAGGCAAAUGACUAAUAAUUCUAAAUAUCUUUAUUAAUGUGGAAUUAAGUGUUAUAACCUGUACAAUGCAAUUGUAGUUAAUACAAGGCAGUUUCCUAUUUGGAAUAAUAAUAAUUUAUCAUUUCUACCCUGCCCAUCUGGCUGCAUAUCCCCAGCCACUCUGGGCGGCUUCCAAAAAAAUAUUAAAAUACAAUAGUCCUUCACAUAUUAAAAGCUUCCCUAAACACAGCUUCCUUCAGAUGUCUCCUAAAAGUCUGGUAGUUGUUUUUUUUGUUUUUUCCUUUGACAUCUGGUGGGUGGGCGUGCCACUACAGAGAAAGCCCUUUGCCUGGAUCCCUGUAACUUCGCUUCCCGCAGUGAGGGAACUGCCAGAAGGCCCUUGGCGCUGGAAUAAUAAAAUAAUAAAUAAAAUAAAUAAAUAAACAAAAAGGAAUAAUAAAAGCCUUUUUUACAGAAAGGUUCGGCCUUGCUGGCAUCCUCCGAAUAUUGACAAGCAGAGUGAGGUUUGAUGGCAUUUUUUUAUAUAGUAUCAAUAUCACCAUUGUAGUCCACACUGUUCAUGGGGACAGCAGACCUUUGUGUCCUUGUGACACUUAGUGAGUGUAAAAUAUGGUAUUUCUAGUAAUAUGUCCCAUUCAUAAAUAAUGCCAAUACUAUACACGCCUGUCCAUAAAAAAAUUAUUCAACAGGACUAAUUAUAUUAAUGCAUCUACCCAAUACCUAUUCAAUUGUAUAAUUUUAUUGCAAUUCAUUGUACUGUAUACUGUGUAUACAAACAGCACACAAACAUGAUCUAAAUUACAAUACUUUUAUUUGUUUUUUUAUCUUAUAUUUUGGAAAUGUGCAUCCAGUUGUUUUUCUUUUAAAUUUUUCCGGGGACCCCCCAAGAGAGUGGGGCCCUAAGCUACAGCUUGUUGAGCUUAUACAUAAAUCCAGCACUGGCUGAUGGCUGACGCAAAUAUUCAUUUGUUCAUUCAAACGGCCUGCGGGUCGCAGCAUCUGGCCGCCCUAAUGCCUCUUCUCUGGCUGGUUCUUUUUCAGGUGAGUAGGAAAUGGCCUUGGCAGACCCCGGCGGUGGCAGCGCCCAACCUGGCUCAGACUUCCCGGAGAUUGUGGAGCUGAACGUUGGCGGUCAAGUCUACCUGACUCGCCGCAGCACUCUGCUGAGCGUCCCUAACUCGUUGCUCUGGGAGAUGUUUGCCCACAAUGGUGCCCGGCCCUUGGCCCGCGACAGCAAGAACCGCAUCUUCGUCGACCGAGAUGGCUUCCUCUUCCGCUACAUCCUCGACUACAUGAGAGACCGGUGCCUCGUGCUGCCGGAAAACUUCCCGGAGAGGGGCCGGCUGCGGCGCGAAGCCGAGUACUUCCAACUCCCUGAGCUGGCCCGGACAUUGGCGCCCAAAACUGGCCAGCAGGACUCAGACGAGGAGGGCCAAAGUGACUCCGAGGAUCUUUCCCCUGGGCCUGACGCCCCAGGAAUCUUGCCUGACGGACAAAGCACAAGGAUACCCGGCUUCAUCACCAUCGCCUACCGGGGCUCGUACGCCCUGGGCCGGGAUGGCCAGGCAGACGCCAAAUUUCGUCGGGUGGCAAGGAUCACGGUCUGCGGCAAGACAGCACUGGCCAGGGAGGUCUUCGGUGAGGCGCUAAACGAGAGUCGGGACCCCGACCGGGCGCCGGGGUGCUACACGUCCCGCUACUACCUCAAGUUCACAUUCCUGGAGCAAGCCUUUGACCGGCUGGCCGGCGCCGGGUUCCAGAUGGUGGCCAGCAAUUCGACGGGGACCUGCACCGUCGAGCCGGCGGACGGCAAGAUCUGGACCUCGUACGCCGAAUACGUCUUCUACCGUGAGUGACGCUCCGGCUGAGCCGAACCCAAACACACGCAAAAGCGACCCUCCCUCGAUCCUCCCUGUAGAGUGUAGACAAACCAACAAACCCUCUGGCCUCUCCUCCCUCGCUUCCCGAACCGAACCCUCUCUGGAGCCUUCUGAGUAGCGCAACCCUCCCCGGCUUUCUCUGAAUCAUGGACUUGGACGCUGUGACAUGUGGGGUGUGUCUGUGAUGAUGUAUCCAUUUUGCUGAGGGAAAUUCCCUCGGAUCACCAAACCGAGAUGCCUGCCAGGAAUAUAGGAGCAAAACGGUGGUCUUGAUUCGAAAGACAGUUGCAACAGGACUCGCACCCCAAACAAAGGGAUGCUCCCUCUUUUAUCAGUUCUCCCUUUCUCCCCUGGGGAAGCACCAUGCACCCAUCACAGAUACAUCAUGUAUAUGUCAUGUAAAGGGGGGAAAUUCCAGGGUGAGUGACUCCUUGACAGCCUAGCUCACCGGGGCACUUGUCCCCCAUGGGUCCAUGCGGUCAGUAAAAGGAGAAAGUCCCAGCCCGGUAAUUUGGAGCAAAACAGUGGUCAGUAGACCAUGAUUCUUACUGUUGCACCACAGGUCUGCCCAGGAGUAAGAACCCCGAGCACGGGGCGAUGUCAACUUUUAAAACUUCCUUCUUCCCCCCAGAAUACAGUGGUACCUUGACUAAAGUCCAGUCUAUUAUAACUCCGUUUUGGACUAAGUCCAAUUGCAACCCGGAAAUGACUGCUCCGGGCUGAGUCAUUUUUUUGAUAUAAGUCGGGCCCGGCUGCUGUUUUAGGGGUUGCUUUUCAUCAUCUGGUUCCUGUUGGGUGUGUUUCGUUUGUUAAUUGAGUCCCUCGCUGCUAAUCAGAGGCUUCCUGUUGAGUCUGCCAGCUGUUGAGUCUCGAGCACCCAGGCAACACAGAGGUGAUAUUUGGAAGUUUAGUUUUUGCUAAUUUUUUUGCAUUUGGGUUUGUAUGGCUUUUUCAGCUUUUUGACUGUGACUUCGUUUUAUGGGACUGAUCUGUGACUGUGGCUUGUGAUUUCGUUUUUGUGACUUGUUUUUGUGACUGUGUGGAACUGGUUGAUUGUCUGGCUGCAGAAAUGGAUAAAAGCCCCCCAUCCAAACAAUGACUAUCAUCAGUGCACGUAAGAAAAAAAAAUGUUAAUUUUUUUCAUCUACACUACUGUCUUAUUUACUUUAUAGCACAGUGCUUUGAUUAUUAUAGGGACACGAGUGGCGCUGUGGGUUAAACCACAGAGCCUAGGACUUGCCGAUCAGAAGGUCAGUAGUUCAAAUCCCCGCGACAGGGUGAGCUCCCGUUCCUCGGUCCCUGCACCUGCCAACCUAGCAGUUCGAAAGCACGUCAAAGUGCAAGUAGAUAAAUAGGUACCGCUCCAGCGGGAAGGUAAACGGCGUUUCCAUGCGCUCCUCUGGUUCGCCAGAAGCGGCUUACUCAUGACCCGGAAGCUGUACAUCGGCUCCCUUGGCCAAUAAAGCGAGAUGAGCGCCGCAACCCCAGAGUCGGCCACGACUGGACCUAGUCAUCAGGGGUCCCUUUACCUUUACCUUUACCUUUACAUUGAUUAUUGCCUUCAUUUUAUGGAUAUGUGGUCUCGUUAGGCAGUAAAAUUCAUGUUAAAUUGCUGUCUUAGCAGGUGUUUUCCAUUGUUUAGAACGGAUUAAUCCAUUUUCAGUUACUUUCUAUGGGAAAGCAUGCUUUGUUUUAAGUCUGCUUCGUUUUAAGACCGGACUUCCGGAAUGGAUUACGGUCUUAAAUCAAAGUACCACUGUACACUUCACAUAGCAUCGUUGAGACAUCAUCACGAAUCACUAGCACGUCGCAAAUGGGGAGGGGUAUACGGGGGUAACGCAAGUUCAAUAUCGUAUGCCUUUCCCGACACCCCUUAUGUCCAAAGUCUCUUUCGGGGGCCUAAUCCCCCGUUUCCGGGGCCAGAUGUCGGCAUUUCCCAGGGACAGUCUCGGGGUUUACAAAUCUGUCCCCGGAUUUCAUUUCAUGUCCCUGGAUUUCUAUUGUCAGUGUUCUAGAUCUCUGAAUAGGGAAUGAAUCUUGCGUGAUUGGUUCAACUGCACAAGACACAUCAUACGGGGAUUUCUAGUGAGGCAACAUGGCGGACGCCACAGGAACCAUAUCACUACAAUAAUCCAUGAGAUAUUUUUUAUACAUGUCCCAUUUUCUAAUAAAGGUUUGAAUCAUAGAAUCAUAGAGUUGGAAGAGACCACAAGGGCCAUCGAGUCCAACCCCCUGCCAAGCAGGAAACACCAUCAGAGCACUCCUGACAUAUGGUUGUCAAGCCUCUGCUUAAAGACCUCCAAAGAAGGAGACUCCACCACACUCCUUGGCAGCAAAUUCCACUGUCGAACAGCUCUUACUGUCAGGAAGUUCUUCCUAAUGUUGAGGUGGAAUCUUCUUUCUUGUAGUUUGGAUCCAUUGCUCCGUGUCCGCUUCUCUGGAGCAGCAGAAAACAACCUUUCUCCCUCCUCUAUGUGACAUCCUUUUAUAUAUUUGAACAUGGCUAUCAUAUCACCCCUUAACCUCCUCUUCUCCAGGCUAAACAUGCCCAGCUCCCUUAGCCGUUCCUCAUAAGGCAUCGUUUCCAGGCCUUUGACCAUUUUGGUUGCCCUCCUCUGGACACGUUCCAGUUUGUCAGUGUCCUUCUUGAACUGUGGUGCCCAGAACUGGACACAGUACUCCAGGUGAGGUCUGACCAGAGCAGAAUACAGUGGCACUAUUACUUCCCUUGAUCUAGAUGCUAUACUCCUAUUGAUGCAGCCCAGAAUUGCAUUGGCUUUUAGCUCCCGCGUCACACUGUUGGCUCAUGUCAAGUUUGUGGUCAACCAAGACUCCUAGAUCCUUUUCACAUGUACUGCUCUCAAGCCAGGUGUCACCCAUCUUGUAUUUGUGCCUCUCAUUUUUUUUGCCCAAGUGCAAUACUUUACAUUUCUCCCUGUUAAAAAUCAUCUUGUUUGUUUUUGCCCAGUUCUCUAAUCUGUCAAGGUCGUUUUGAAGUGUGAUCCUGUCCUCUGGGGUGUUAGCCACCCCUCCCAGUUUGGUGUCAUCUGCAAAUUUGAUCAGGAUGCCCUUGCUUGGCAGGGGGUUGGACUCGAUGGCCCUUGUGGUCUCUUCCAACUCUAUGAUUCUAUGAUAUUCUUGUAAAGAAGCUGGUAAAAUGCGGUCUUGACUAUGCUACCACUCAGUGGAUUUGUAACUGGCUGGCUGACUGAACCCAAAGGGUGCUCAUCAAUGGUUCCUCUUCAUCCUGGAGAAGAGUGACUAGUGGGGUGCCACAGGGUUCUGUCUUGGGCCCGGUCUUAUUCAACAUCUUUAUCAACGACUUGGAUGAUGGACUCAAGGGCAUCCUGAUCAAAUUUGCAGAUGACACCAAACUGGGAGGGGUGGCUAACACCCCAGAGGACAGGAUCACACUUCAAAACGACCUUGACAGAUUAGAGAACUGGGCCAAAACAAACAAGAUGAAUUUUAACAGGGAGAAAUGUAAAGUAUUGCACUUGGGCAAAAAAAUGAGAGGCACAAAUACAAGAUGGGUGACACCUGGCUUGAGAGCAGUACAUGUGAAAAGGAUCUAGGAGUCUUGGUUGACCACAAACUUGACAUGAGCCAACAGUGUGACGCGGGAGCUAAAAAAGCCAAUGCAAUUCUGGGCUGCAUCAAUAGGAGUAUAGCAUCUAGAUCAAGGGAAGUAAUAGUGCCACUGUAUUCUGCCCUGGUCAGACCUCACCUGGAGUACUGUGUCCAGUUCUGGGCACCACAGUUCAAGAAGGACACUGACAAACUGGAACGUGUCCAGAGGAGGGCAACCAAAAUGGUCAAAGGCCGGGAACGGAUGCCUGAUGAGGCACGGCUAAGGGAGCUGGGCCUGUUUAGCCUGGAGACGAGGAGGUUACGGGGUGAGAUGAUAGCCAUGUUCAAAUAGAUAAAAGGAUGUCACAUAGAGGAGGAGAAAGGUUGUUUUCUGCUGCUCCAGAGAAGCGGACACGGAGCAAUGGAUCCAAACUACAAGAAAGAAGAUUCCACCUCAACAUUAGGAAGAACUUCCUGACAGUAAGAGCUGUUCGACAGUGGAAUUUGCUGCCAAGGAGUGUGGUGGAGUCUCCUUCUUUGGAGGUCUUUAAGCAGAGGCUUGACAACCAUAUGUCAGGAGUGCUCUGAUGGUGUUUCCUGCUUGGCAGGGGGUUGGACUCGAUGGCCCUUGUGGUCUCUUCCAGCUCUAUGAUUCUAUGAUUCUAUGAUUCUACUAUCUCCCUUCCUUUUGCAUGCUUGGCCAACUGUUCCAGGAAGGCAUCAUCUAUGUCCUCCGUUUGGCUUGGGGAUCUAUAGUAAACUCCCACAAUGAGGUCACUGUUAUUUUUCUCUCCCUUAAUUUUGACCCAAAUGCUCUCACUUUGGCUUUGAGGUUCUAAAUCUUGGAUCUCUUCACAGGUAUACACAUCCCUGACAUAUGACGCCACUCCUCCUUUCUUGUCUGGUCUGUUUCUCUGAAAUAGAUUGUAUCCCCCCAUUAUUACAUUCCAAUUGUGGGACUUAUCCCACCAGGUUUCAGUGAUGCCUAUUAUGUCAUAUUUAGUUUGCUGUACCAAGAGCUCAAGCUCAUCUUGUUUAUUUCCCAUGCUUUGCGCAUUAGUGUACAGACAUUGAAGUCCAUUAAUCAUUCCCCGUGUCUCUUAUUUAAGGAUUUUUCCUCCCACCACUAGGUCUGCGUGCUGUUUGCUCCAUUUGGUCUAUGACAUUUGGAUGAUCAUCUUCAUCAAUUGAUAGACUCCUACCUUCAGGAGCACUGUCUCCCUCCCCAAAUUAGUCAGUUUAAAGCCCUCCUGAUGAGGUUUCUGAGAUUUUUGGCAAAAACAUUUCUCCCAACCGUUGUGAGGUGCAGCCCAUCGCUUGCCAGAAGUCCAUCUUCAAGAAACUGCAGUCCGUGAUCUAAGAAUCCAAACCGUUCCUGUUUACACCAUUUGCAAAGCCAGCUGUUCACUUUCACUAUUUUUCCCUCUCUCCCUGGGCCACGUCGUUCAAUUGGGAGGACAGAUGAGAUGACAAUUUGUGCAUUUAAUUGCUUCAAUUUCCUGCCCAGAGCCUCGUAAUCUCUUGUGAUCUUCUGGAGGCUAUUGCUUGCAGUGUCAUUGGUUCCCACAUGAACCAAGAGGAAGGGGUAUUUGUCAGUGGGUUUUAUGAUUCCUUGCAGUCGUUCAGUUACAUCUUGGAUCUUAGCCCCGGGGAGACAGCACACUUCCCGAGACAUCUUGUCAGGCCCACAGAUCACUGCUUCUGUUCUCCUCAGUAGGGAAUCCCCUAUCACCACUACAUGCCUCCUCUUAGGUUUGGUCGGGGUUCUUCUGUGAGCUGUCCGUUCCAAGGUCGCCUGCACAUUCCCUGAGGACUGACUUUGCUGCUCAUCUUCAUAUACCUGAUCGACUGUAAUGAGGGAGAGAUCCUCAAAUGGAGUCUGCUCUUCGUCUUCCAUGUUAGGGGAGAGGACCUCAAAGCGAUUGUGUAUUUCUAAACAAUCAGAGCGAACCCUGGGCCUCCUACUUCUUUGAGUCACGUUUCUCCAUAUAUCUGGCUCCUGUGUUGGUGAACUAGCCUCCUUCUCAGGGAGUCCCCUGUCUCCUCCUUGGUGGAGACAGUGUGCUCUGUUGCUUCCAAGAAGAGCUCCAGCUCUCUAAUUCUUUGGAGCGUAGCUACACGUUCCUCCAGUUGCUGGACUUUGUCUUUUAAGAGGGCAAUCAACAUGCAAUUGCUGCAGGUAAAGCUGCCUGCAACCUUUGGCAAGAUGGCAAACAUUGCGCAGGAACCGCAGGCGACUGCAGCUGUUCCCUCCCCUCCAUCUUGAGAACAUGUCGUUGGGGGUGGCUACAGCGGUCCUCCAUCAUAAAAAGCGUGAAGACAGGACAAAUAACUCCCCCCCAAAAAAACCUAGGUCUCCCCCAACAAACGUUUGAGACUAGCUCCCCUAAAUCUAAAAGAUGAUCAGGGCGGUUUGAUCAGGGCGGUUUCACGGUUUCUCUGUUAACUUUGCCUAUUAUUAUUAUUAUUAUUAUUGAUCAUUUCUUUGUUCUAGCACAUCUCAUAGACAAGUAUUAUUAUCAUUAUUAUUAUUAUUAAGAUCACUGCUUUGUUCUAGCACCUCUCAUAGACAAGUAUUCUUAUUCUUAUUAUUUAGGAUCAUUGCUUUGUUCUAGCACAUCUCAUAGACAAGUAUUAUUAUUAUUAUUAUUAUUAUUAUUAUUAUUAUUUAUAAGAUCUAUUAUUUGAUUGUUGAUGUAAACCUCCAAAAGGCAUUUUGUACCAUCAGGUUUCAACUUCUAUCUUCAGUACUUUAAUGCUAUGGCUAGCGGCUGAUGCAAAUAAAAGAUUGUCCUGAUCUGGGAAAAAAAUAAAAAAGUAAAACCAGGUUUGUCCAUAACAAAAAGGAAAAUUGGGAUAUUUGUUCCAUUACAUCACGUUCUAACAUCUAUCAUCUCUCAACAUUUCUUUGUCUAACGCACUAUGUAUUUCUGUUCUCUCAGUUGAAUUUUGACGAUAAUAUCUGAUCUUGGAUCACAGAAGUUCUUCAAGGGCUGCCACAGACACCAUAUACCUACAAUAAUCCAUGAGAUAUUUUUUAUACAUGCCCCAUUUUCUAAUAAAGGUUUGAUCAGGACAGUUUCUCGGUUUCUCUGUUAACUUUGCCUAUUAUUAUUAUUAUUAAAGAUCAUUGCUUUGUUCUAGCACAAAUCAUAGACAAGUAUUAUUAUUAUUAUUAUUAUUAUUAUUAUUAUUAUUAAUUUAAUUUCCAUACUGCCUGAUACCCGAAGGUCUCGGAGUGGUUUGCAUAAAAUACCAAAUGCAUAAAAUCAAAACGAAACCAACAACCCAUUAAAAAAAACCUAGAAGAGCCAGCAUUUUUUAAAAGGGUUUAGGAUGCUAAGAAAGCGCGUGGUCGGCUUGACACGGCUUUCAUCAAUUUGAUUUUUUAAAAAUAAUAACAAUAAUAUUUAUUCAGUUUUCCAUUUUCUCCUGGGGAUUCCAGGCCCAGACAUACCAAAAAAAUGCAAAAAGGAAUAUUCUUGUAUGCGAUGGAAGCAGCAAGAAUAUUCAUCGCAACGAAUUGGAAGGGAGAGAAAAUCCCAACAAAAUGAGAGUGGCAAAGUAAGUCGUUGGAGUUUGCAAAAAUGACAAAAACAGAGGUAAUACUGAGAUUUAUUCAAAAAUGGGACGUGUUUAGAAAAUAACUAGAGGAUUAUUGCAGUAAGAUGACAUCAGCGGCAAUGUUCGAACAACUGUGUUUGGAUGUGCAAAUAUAAGAGAAUAUAACAUUGGCAAAGAUUAUUAAAAAGAAAAUAGAGAUAAUUUUUUGUUGUCUAUUUUUUAAGACAGAUAACUUUGAUUUUUUUGCCUUUUUUUGAAGUUUGAAAAAGCAAUCUAAAAAGGGAGAAAAUAGAGAUUGUUUAUCAGAUCAGGAAAUACAUGGUGAGGUGGCAGGAGGUCCUAGGAAUUUAACAAGAAUGGAUUGAGCAAAUAUUGAUAUUCUUUGGUAUUUUCGUUUGGGGUUUUCAUACACUUUUCUUUAAUUCCCCAGAGGGGUUGGGGAAACCUAGGCAGAUGGGCAGUGUAGAAAUAAUAAAUUACAUUAUUAUUAUUAUUAUUAUUAUUAUUAUUUCCAAUAAAGCAUUUAAUACAAGAAGAAGAAGAUACCAGUGUGUUUCAAAACAGCAACGGGAAUUCCUAAAAUCACUAUCCAGCCUUUAUUUAAAUAAUAGCAGCCGGCUGGACUGAAAUGGGAGAUUGUUAUGUUAUGAGAUUGAUCUUCUCUAAAGCUGCCAUUUGCUGAUUACUUUCUCUCCCUUUCUUCCUUCCUCCAGGUCCUCCGGCUUGUCAGGAUUCCCAAAAGGUGUCAGGAGAACACCCCCAUUUCCCAGGUAAGAAGAGUUCCACUUUCUCUUUCUCUUUCUCUUUCUCUUUCUCUUUCUCUUUCUCUCAAGUCUCUAUAAAAAGUGCAAGCCAGAUUCUUUCUUUCUUUCUCUCUCUGUUGCUCUCUCUGUGUCUUUCUUUCUCUCUCUCUCUCUCUCUCUCUCUUUCUUUCUUAGAACCCUCAGACUUCUUCCCUUCUUUCCUUCACGAGUUCUUACCAUAUCCCACAAUUAACUGCAUCUCCGCAUUUUCCAAAUAAUUAUACAAAUCACAUGUAAAGAUAGAAUAAAAUUUGACAUAACAAGCACCUUCACAUUCCUGCCAGCGGUUUUAAAUGUGUACAGUGAUCUUUUCAAUUAAGGAAAAAUCUGGCUUAAAAGAGAUGUAGAGCUGGGUCUCGUGUUCAACCCGCCAAGUGUUUUUAGUAGGUCAUUCCAGCUUCUCUGGGGCCACUUCUUCUCCUGCCUUCCCAUAAUCCUAUUAGCCUGAGAGAAGGGACUGAGCUAUAAGAGGAAAAAAGCCCCUCUCUUAGCAGCCCCGCCGACAGCUUGAGAUUUUAAAUCUUUAAAUCUUUAAAUCAGUCGCUCUCAUCAGGAUAGCUCCUUCGGCCUGCAGACGAGCUGCUGGAGAAUAAUAAUAAUAAUAACCCUAUCCCUAAUGUUGUUGUUUAGUCGUUUAGUCAUGUCCGACUCUUCGUGACCCCAUGGACCAGAGCACGCCAGGCACUUCUGUCUUCCACUGCCUCCCGCAGUCUGCUCAAACUCAUGCUGGUAGCCUCAAGAACACUAUCCAACCAUCUCGUCCUCUGUCGUCCCCUUCUUCUUGUGCCCUCCAUCUUUCCCAACAUCAGGGUCUUUUCCAGGGAGUCUUCUAUUCUCGUGAGGUGGCCAAAGUAUUGGAGCCUCAGCUUCAUGAUCUGUCCUUCCAGUGAGCACUCAGGGCUGAUUUCCUGAAGAAUGGAUAGGUUGGAUCUUCUUGCAGUCCAUGGGACUCUCAAGAGUCUCCUCCAGCACCAUAAUUCAAAAGCAUCAAUUCUUCUGCCUCUGUUAGGUCUUCUGCCUCUGUUAGGUCCUUACCACUUUUGUCCUUUAUUAUGGUAAUCUUUGUACGAAAUGUUCCUUUCAUAUCUCCAAUUUUCUUGAACAGAUCUCUGGUUCUUCCCAUUCAGUUGUUUUCCUCUAUUUCUUUGCAUUGCUUGUUUAAGAAGGCCUUCUUGUCUCUCAUUGCUAUUUUUUGGAAAUUUGCAUUCACUUUCCUGUAUCUUUCACUAUCUCCCUCGCAUUUUGCUUGCCUUCUCUCCCCCGCUAUUUGUAAGGCCUCAUUGGACAGCCACUUUGCUUUCUUGCAUUUCUUUUUCACUGGGAUGGUUUUCGUUGCUGCCUCCUGUAUAAUGUUGCGAGCCUCCACCCAUAGUUCUUCAGGCACUCUGUCCACCAAAUCUAAAUCCUUAAACCUGUUCCUCACUUCCACUGUGUAUUCAUAAGGGAUUUGGUUUAGAUUGUAUCUUACCGGCCCAGUGGUUUUUCCUACUUUCUUCAGUUUAAGCUUGAAUUUUGCUCUAAGAAGCUGAUGAUCUGAGCCACAGUCAGCUCCAGGUCUUGUUUUUGCUGACUAUGUAGAGCUUCUCCAUCUUUGGCUGCAGAGAAUAUAAUCAAUCUGAUUUCGAUGCUGCCCAUCUGGUGAUGUCCAUGUGUAGAGUCGUCUCUUGUGUUGUUGGAAAAGCGUGUUUGUGAUGACCAGCUUGUUCUCUUGACAGAACUCUAUUAGUCUUUGCCCUGCUUCAUUUUGAUCUCCAAGGCCAAACUUGCCAGUUGUUCCUUUUAUCUCUUGAUUCCAUACUUUAGCAUUCCAAUCCCCUAUAAUGAGAAGAACAUCCUUCUUUGGUGUCACUUCUAUAAGGUCUUGUAAAUCUUCAUAGAACUGGUCAAUUUCAGUUUCUUCAGCACCAGUAGUUGGUGCAUAAACUUGGAUUACUGUGAUGUUAAAAGGUCUGCCUUGGAUUCGUAUCGAGAUCAUUCUAUCAUUUUUGAGAUUGUAUCCCAGUACAGCUUUCACCACUCUUUUGUUGACUAUGAGGGCCACUCCAUUUCUUUUACAGGUUUCUUGCCCACAGUAGUAGAUAUGAUAGUCAUCCGAACUGAAUUCGCCCAUUCCCGUCCAUUUUAGUUCACUGAUGCCCAGGAUGUCAAUAUUUAUUCUUGCCAUCUCAUUUUUGACCACAUCCAGCUUACCAAGGUUCAUGGUUCUUACAUUCCAGGUUCCUAUGCAAUAUUUUUCUUUACAGCAUUGGACUUUCCUUUCGCUUCCAGGCAUAUCUGCAACUGAGUGUCCUUUCGGCUUUGGCCCAGCCGCUUCAUCAGCUCUGGAUCUACUUGUACUUGUCCUCCACUCUUCCCCAGUAGCAUGUUGGACGCCUUCCGACCUGAGGGGCUCAUCUUCCAGCGUCAUAACUUUUAUAUGCCUGUUGUCUUUGUCCAUGGAGUUUUCUUGGCAGGGAUACUGGAGUGGCUUGCUGGUUCCUGCUCCAGGUGGAUCACGUUUGGUCAAAACUCUCCACUAUGACCUGUCCAUCUUGGGUGGCCCUGCACGGCAUAGUUCAUAGCUUCUCUGAGUUAUUCAAGCCCCUUCGCCACGGCAAGGCAGUGAUCCCUGAAGGGGCUAUCCCUAAUACCUGUCCCUAACUCCUAUCCCUAUCUCUAACCCUUAUCCCUAACAACAACAACAACAACAAUCUACCCUGGUUGGUCCCUGCCAGUUUUGAUAUUGGAUUGUAGAUCGCAGCCGACUUCAAGUUGGACAUGCCUGGAUAUGACGAUUGUUGGUUACAUGUAUUUUCAGCAACUUGGAAAUAAAGUUGGGGAGGGAGAUGCUCGUCUUAGUCCUCUCUCUCUCAGUAGUAGUAGUAGUAGUAGUAGUAGUAGUAGUAAUUUAUUAUUAUUUAUACCCCCCCCCCCCAGGAAGCCUCUGGCUCAGCGUGGCGCCUUCUGCAGCACCGGUGGGACCAGAGAAGGACGUCCGGAAAAGCCUCGCUUCUUCCUCUGAGCCCAUUUUGGACCUCCGGACAGAUGCGGCAUCCGUGCUUCCAGGUGAGAUGCUCAAGAAAAUCACCCUUUUACGGUUUAAAUUGGGAGAAAUAAAUGCAGUAGACGGACAAAAGAUUCUCAAGAGGAGGAAAUCACAUGGCGGGAAGCUGGUUACAGGUGCGUUUGAAUAUCUGAAGUUCAAGGCUUCCAGCUAAGACCCAUGGGGUGCCCUCCUCAAAAAAUAAAGAUGCGCCAGUCUUGGGCAUAAGGAACAGUAAGAAGCUAAAGCCCUCCCCUGCUGGGACUGAAGGCAGGCUGGAGGCUGGGGGUUACAAAGAAGUAGGAGGAGUGGGUUGACCCCAUAUUCAUCAUUAUUAUUUACUCAUUUCUUCUUCUCCUCCUCUCCUCCUCCUUCUCCUGCUUCUUCCUCCUCCUCCUCUCCUCCAGCGUCCACCAUCCCCACCAGCACCACACCAACCGCCCCGCCAACUGCCAUGGAGCACCCCCCCACCGCCACCCUCAAAAGAUCCCCCGUGCUCUCAGCCGGGGCCACCACCGAACCGGCCCCACCAGACCUACCCCAGAGCUCCAAGGAGGCCACCCAGGAGAGACCUUUCUCUUCCGCCAACUUCUCCCCCGACCCAGAUCCGGCUUUGCUCCCUCCUCCGGAUCAAGACCCCCUCCCGGAAACCAGGGGAUCUUGGGGGUCCUUGCCGUGGCCGGAGGCCCCUGAAGAGUGCGGCCCGCCCCGGCCCACCACCUUGGACUUCUCCCAGCCCCUCCAGAAGCUGGAGGAGGCGAAGCAGGUGGGCGUUGAGGAGAACGGGCUGGAGCGUGGCCCGCCGCCUCCCGGCGAAGAGAGGAAGGCUCUGCAGUUGGAGCUGGGCAAAUGCAUUGAGGACUUUCGGAGAAUCCGAGUGCCCGCCUCAUUCCCCAACAAGAAACGGGCGUGGCAAAGCGAGCUGCUCCAGAAAUACCAGCUCUGAGGGACUCUCGUGGAUCCAUCAAACAGAAGCAAUCAUCAAUGGACCAUACUAUAAAAUAAAGGAGACAGUUGUAGAUGAGAAAAAUAAAAAUGGAUUUUCCCCCCUGACCUGCAGUGGUGAUAGUCGUUGUUUGGAUGGGGGGCUUUGAUCCAUUUCUGCGGUAAUGCCAUCCAUCCAUCCGGAGCUGAACCGGGUUCCGCACAGUCGCGAAAACAAAGAAACCGAAAAAGCGGCAAACUGAAUCUGCUCCGGAAGUCUGUUUGACGUCCGAAAUGUUCAGAAGCCGAGACGCAGAUUCCAGUUGGCACAGGCACCCCGGAAAGGGCCACCAACAGCUGCGUCGGACAUUCAGCUUCCAAAAAACGUCCAGAAACCAAUUUCUCAUAACCAGAGAAAUUGGUAUAAAUAAGAUCUAAGUUUCAAGUUUUAGGUUCUUUUAUAGUAAGAUAAGGUUAAAAUAGAUUAAGGUAAUGUAAUGACAGAAUAUUAUGAAAAAUGGAAAGGAUUUGCUGUGACAAUUAACAACUAGGAUACAAAAAAAGGGAGGAGUGAGGAGGUCAAAGAAAGAAAGUAAUGACAGUUAAGGAUUUGAGAAUAUUGGACUUGUUUUUUUAAAAGUUUGUGGC